AUGAAACAAAGCCUAAGUAUUAGAUAUUUUAAAUCAUCAAUUAUUAGAAAAUUAAUACUACUAAUAACAUUAAUAAUAUUGAUUAUAUAUCCAAUACAUCUACUAUUUAAUGGAUCAAUAUCAUCAUCAUAUUUUGAAAAUUUACAAAUCCCCAAACCUUUAAACCCUAACUCAAAUACAAUAGAAAAUUAUUUUCAUGAUACUAUAAAUCAAGUAUUAUUAAAAAAUGAAAAAAAUUCAAAAAAAUUAAUGAUUUUCCCUAAAGAUUAUCAAGAUGAAAUGAAAUCUUUAAAAGUUACUAAUAUUAAAUAUGAUAGAAAUAGAGAUCUUAUAAUAUAUUCAGGAAAUUCAUCAUCAAUGUUAUCUUAUGAAUUAAUAAAUUUACCGAAACAUUCACAUGAAAUUCAAAUUUUUAAUGGAAUUUUCAAUCAAGACUAUCCUAAUUCAUGUUCAAGAAAUCAAAAUAAUAUAAAUUUAACAAUAAGUGAUAAUUUUAUAUUUAAUGAUGAUUUUAAUAUUAUGAUUACAAAAUUAAUUGAACAAUUAAAUAAUGAUGAAUCAUUUAUUGAAAUUGAUGGAUUUUUUGAAAAAAAAUUACCAAAAAUGUUACAAGAUAAUUUAUUACAUAAACAUUUUUAUAAAUUUGCUGGAACUUCAAUAUGGUUAAAAAAGUAUGGUGUUCAUUUAAUGAUUAGUAGAGUUAUAUUUUCAAGAAAAGGUUUAAAAUGGAAUCCUCAAAUUAGUUUAUUGUAUGCUCAAAUUUAUGAUAAAAAUUGGAAUGAAAUUUAUGAUUUAGAUUUAUUAAUUCCAGUGAUUCAACCAGAUGGAUCCCGUGAAUAUGAAUCAUUAAAUUUUCCAAAAUUUUUACCAAUUGCAUAUUAUUUUGAUUAUAAUUUUACAAAAAGAAGAUGGUAUGGACCAGAAGAUACAAGAAUAAUGUUAAUUGAAAAUGAAUAUGAAGAGGAAGAACCAGUUAUAAUUUUUAAUUCUGAUCAUAGAGUUGUUAAAAAUAUAACUCAAAUUUCAAAAGAAAAUGAUAUAUCUUAUAAAUUAAAUUUUGAAAUGAAAAGAUCUAUGUUUAUUGGUUGGCCUUUUAGAUAUCAAUUAGGUAAAUCAAAUACUGAUGGUUUUAAUAAUGAAAAAUUUGAUAAUAUAAAAUAUAAUAAAGUAUUAGAAUUAAAAAUUGAAAAUCAAGAACGUCAAUCAGUUGAAAAAAAUUGGACUCCAUUUAUUAUACCAAGGGAAAGAAGGGAAAACAAGGGAGAUCAAUUUAUUCAUUUUGUUUAUCAAUGGGAUAAUUUAGAAAUUUUAAAAUGUGAUAUUACUAAUAAUAUUGAAAAUGGUAUAAGUAAUUGUAUGUUUAUUUAUAAAGAUUCUCAAAAAAAUGUAAAAAAAGUAGGUCCAAUUAGAGGAGGUACUGAAAUGAUACCACUUAGUUCAAUAGAUCCUAAGUAUAAAUAUGAAGAUAUUUGGAUUGGAUUUUUAAGAGCUCAUAUAAAACAUUGUGGAUGUGGUAGAUCAAUGUAUAGACCAAAUUUUUAUAUAUUUUCAAAAAGUGCCACCAUUGGAUUUAAAGUUGAUUAUUUAUCAUCAUCAAUUUCAUUUAAUAUUCCUGUUACUGGUUGGAGAAAACAUGAAAUUCAAUGUGCUUCAAGAGAUCCAAAUGUUUUGAUUCCCAAUGGAAUUUCGAUGUGGGAACAAAAUAAUGAAAUGGAAGAAGAUAUAUUAAGUUUAACUUUAAGUGUUGCUGAUGAAAAUAAUAGUAUUAUUCAUAUUUAUGGAUUAAAACAAAUAAUAGAUAAUUUAAUUGAAAAUAAUGAUAUAACAAUGAGUAAUAAUUUUGGUGAAGUUGAUUUAAGUUAUGAUAAUGAAAGUUUAUUGAAAUGUGUUUUAGAUUCAAGUAUUGAAUUUUGUAAACAAUAUGGUUUAGAACAAACUAGGUUAGGAAUAACUGAGGAAGUGUUAUUGAAAAAGGAGAAAGAAAAAGAUAAUAAGAAUGAUAAGGAUAAGGAUAAGAAGCAAUGA